AUGACGACUAUCGACUCCGCUGAUAAUACUGCAAACAAAAGCACGACGACUAUCGACGUUGCUGAUAACACAACAACAAAAAAAAGCAUGACGACUGCCAACAUUGCUGAUAGCACCACGACCACUAGUGCCACGUCGACUACGGAAACCCAGUCGGCCAUAACUCAGGGCUCGUUAAUCACGAUAUGGGUCCUACUCGAAGGAAAAUCAAGUGCCACAAAACUCUUCGUUGACUCUAACGAAUUUUUAUCGCAAAACCCGGAUUUGGACGACUUUAAAAAUUUACUGAUUAAAAGGUUCAAGAAUCUUUCUCACGUUGAGCCGGUGGAUCUUGAAAUAUACGAUUUUAAGGAUAUUUCACAAACGCUUUUGUCCGAUACAAGUCUGAGAACAUUAAAUACCUCAGCUGAUUCUCCGCUUUUCGUAAGUAAUUCCUGGGCCAUGUUACGUGAUGCUGCAACAAAGAAAUUUGAGCAUUUAAUCACCAGUGAUUUUUAUUUCGUCGUGCAAGAUGACACGGCGGAGGAAAUCGACAAUGAAUUUCAGUUUAAUAAUCUAAUGUCGAGAACUCCACGAAAUAAUUUUGAUGAAUGUAUUCUUAAUUUAAAAGUUCAAAUCAAAGGGAAAAAAUCCUAUGGGGACUGGAAAAUCAAAGAAGUAUUCGAAGAC